UCAAAAAGCAUAACCACCGCACUAUCAUGUUGUCAAGCAGGUAGAAUACACUUUUAUCUACACCUCAUUCUAGCGUAGCCUGCUACGUGGGUUUUCUGUCCUUUUGCUCAAGUUCUGAAGCUUUCGGCCUACCAUGGACUCCUCGGCAGAAUUUUCUUCGUUCCAGGACAAGAUCACCGCGGCGCUGCUCCAAACCACGCGCGCCGCCAACACAAUCGCAUCAGAAGACCUUGAUUUCCACCGCAAUUUGAAUCCCAAAUUCGCCGAGUCCCUCGAUGAAGAGAAAUCGCGCUUGCUUUCCCUGACAUCGUCGUUGUUGAAAGUUGCGGCUGCGGGGACUGAUAUUAAGGCGCCGGUACUGGAAGAUGCGGAUGACGUCGAGGAUAACUGGCGAGGAGUUGUGGAUGUGAUUGACAAUCUCUUAGAAAAGGCAGACGCCUGUUUGGACGAAUUCACUGGGAUUAUCAAGAAAUUGACUCCGUCGCAACAAGAUCGAACCCGCAAGAUUGAAGCCCGUUCACAAGAGAGCUUCCCUACUAUAUACGGCUAUGGGCCUUCGAAAUUACCUAAGCCUCAGCUCUUGUUUCAUCGUGCCCCCGAUAACUCAGACACCUCGUCAUUUCGUCCCCUUCUCAAGUCUAAGCCAAACGCGAUAGUUCCGUUGGAGAAAUCUCUUCAGCCAGUGAAGGCUAAGGGAAAGCCUCCCUUCUUCUCUCAUCCUUAUGAAACUGAAAUUCGCGAGGCCAAGUACCCCAAAUCAGCUUACGUCGUCGCACCGCCGAUCGAGUUUGGCCCCGUCGAAAGCACACAAGCUAUAUGGGUCGAUACACCCGAGGCAGUUGCCGAUAUGAUUUCAGAGCUGGAAGAAGCAAAGGAAAUCGCCAUUGACCUGGAACAUCAUGAUGUACAUUCGUAUCACGGCCUGGUCUCGCUGAUGCAAAUCAGCACGCGCAACAAAGAUUGGGUAGUUGAUACCCUGCAGCCAUGGCGAGAGGACUUGCAGCAACUCAACCGAGUUUUCACAAACCCUGAGAUUCUGAAAGUUCUCCAUGGAUCGACAAUGGAUAUUGUUUGGCUGCAGAGGGACCUCGGGCUUUAUGUAGUUGGCAUGUUCGAUACCUAUCACGCCGCCGUUGCUCUUGGAUUUCCUAAGCGGAGUUUGAAAUAUCUGCUUGAGAAGUUUGCAAAGUACGAAGCAAACAAAAAGUAUCAAAUGGCCGACUGGCGUCUCAGACCAUUGACCGAGGAGAUGUUGAAAUACGCUCGAGCCGAUACUCAUUAUCUUCUUUAUAUAUACGACUGCUUGCGGAAUGAACUUUUGGAGAAGUCUACGACUGAAAAUAACUUGAUUGACUAUGUGCUCGAGCAUUCGAAGACCGAAGCCCUGCAGCGGUAUGAGCGCCCUGUCUACGACGCAGCCACAGGUCAAGGGGCUGGAGGUUGGUACGACUUGUUAUCUAGAAACGCGGUUCUGCUUAGCAAGGAACAAUUCGCUGUCUUCAAAGCCGCUCAUCAAUGGCGUGACGAGAUUGCUCGAAGUGAAGACGAAGGCGUGCAGUGUGUCUUUCCCAAGAAUGCAUUAUUCAGACUUGCAACGGCGAUGCCACUGGAGAAGCACACCCUGUUCAAGACGCUCUCACCUGUCACGUUGAUCGUCAAGAAUAGGGUUACCGAACUUAUGGAAGUUAUCAAAACGGCCAAGCUGGCUGGCGCUACGGGACCCGAAUUACGCGAUAUAGUCAAGCCGAAGAAGUUCACUUUUGACUCUUUUGCCUCCCCGACAGCUGCACCUCCUCAAACACUCUCGACCGCAGAACCAGAGACAGUUGCAGAUAUUCGAGCAGACUCAUCUCAGUUCUGGGGACCUGCGCUAGAACAGCUCGAGGUUGCAACGGUGCCUUUGGAGGUCAACGUGGCAGCAUCUUCUGAGGCGCUGCGACUAUCCCUCCCGAUCCCUCCAAUGCCUGUAACUAUUUCCGAAGUGCAAGAGAAAUUGGGAGAUGCACCAUCUACCGCCACAUCCAAUCCAUCCUCAGCAGCUCCUUCACUUUCCAAAGCCAACAAAAACGAGAUCUUUACAGUCAAAGAAGUCGCUCCUCGACGGAAGAGAAAGAUCAGCGAAGAGCCAGAACCAGCGCUAUCUGAAUCCACAUCUAGCAGUGGCGAGAGCAACAGCAGUUACGAAGACUCGUCAUUAGACUCCGACCCAUCCGAUGUAGAGCAUCAACCCGCAAAAAAGUCACGGAAAACGGCGAAACAGGCAACUACCAAUUCGCAGAAAAAGGAAGACAACUCUACCCCCUUCGACUACAGCACAGCACCAUCAGUCCUUCAUUCAAAGAACAUAACGACAGAUAGUACAUCUACGAAGAAACCCUUUAAUCCAUAUCAGAAGGCGCUGAAUGCGCCGAGAGGGAUGCGGAAGACAAAAAAGGAAAUCAGCGGAAGAACGUUUACGUUUAGCAAAUAACUUGCAUGGUCUGGCGUGUUAGGUAUUAAUUUGGUUUGUGUAUGUAUAUGUUAUUGUGAUAGCAUGCAAUCGAGCAUAGCGAUACCCGGUAUCAAUAGCACGUCGGUUUGACCUGCCCUAGAUAG